AUGGUUUCUAUAUAUGAGUUCAUUACCCGGCUUCACGAUUUAGUUUCCAACCCCACGCCACGACCAGGCCUUCACCCCAUUCCCGGAAGUCAACCUCUCACCUUCGGCGCAGCCGUGACGCCGCCGCUGAUUUAUUACGUUGCUCUCCUUCUGCUCGCCCCGCCGCCUCCUCCGGCUGUCGAUUCGAUCUACGUCAACACGAUUCGGAACAUACUUGCUCUGGUUUCUGCAGUCCUCUUCUUCCGCUUACCGCUUGCCUACCAUGUUCCGCAGAGCAUCGGGCUUACUUACCAGCUUGGCCUCGUCGGCCUUUACGGCGGGUGCAGGGUGGUAGACGCCUUCUUCAUCAGCCCCUAUUUCUUCAAGCACAUCCCGCGGCGGGUCAAAUAUGUGCACAAGCUGAGCGUCGUAACAGAUGCGCCCGAGGAGUCAGCCGUAGUGAAAGCAUGGUCCGAUGGAGGUGUUGAGCAGCCAAAUUCUCACAGGGAGAAAGCCACCACAGCUGGCGAGGAAACUUCAGCCGGUAGUAAAUCGGCCCAGGUCGAAGCUGUCUCCAAUGCCGAUUCCGCACAAGCUAGCCGACGCACGCGAUCAAGCUUUCAUAUCGGCAUCAGCGACGCAGCGCGGCGGAUGUCGAAUUCGAUCCCGGGCGCGGCCUGCGACUCGUACUACCACGCGGUGCGGCGAACGCUGCACGGGCCGGGCCCGCAGGCGGUCCUCGAGACGGCGACGACCGAGUCCGGCUGGCCGCAGUCCCUGCGGGACCGCGCGUCUUGGGCCCUGGAGCUCGCGCUGAGCAUGCGCGGGGCGGGCUUCACGUGGACGACGGCGGACGUGCGGCACACGCGCAGGACCUGGCUGCCCACGGUCGGGAACCGCGCGCACAGCAUCCUCGCGCGCACCGCGCCCGUCUUGCUGGCGAGCUGGUGCGUCGUCAGGGGCGUAUACCUGCGCUACCUCGGCGCGUGCGGGGACUUGGCGGGGUCCAGAGGCGAGGAGGAGGGGGGACGUCCCCGCGAACUUUUCGACGAGGCGCUGCCGCUGCCGGUCCAGGUUCUGCUUACGGGCGCUUUGGGGGCGUUCCUCAUGACGGCCUUCUCGUUGGGCCAUUCGCUGUUCGCGAUCGCGCUUAGUCCGCUGGCGCCUAGCCCCUUGGCUUUCUUCCCGCCGCUGUACAGCACCAGGAUCUGGGACGUCACGUCGGUGCGUGGGUUUUGGUCUUACGGGUGGCACCGGUUGUUUGCGCGGUUGUUUCUCGUGUACGGCGUCUGGCCCGGGGAGUGGGUUGAGAGAAAGCUAUUAGGGAAACGCGACGACGAACCGGCGGAUGUGGGUAAAGUUUUGGGCGGGUUUCUUUGUAGUGCGUUUGUCCAUUCCUUCUCCGUAAGGGGCGUGUUAGGUGGGGAUUGGAACAGUGCCGCGGGGGAAGCUAAGUUCUUUGCAUUAAACGGCUUCGCUGUUGUGGUUGAGGGUGCGGUUUCGAGAGCAGUGAGAAGAGCAAGGAAGGAAAGAGGCUUUAAGGGGGAGGCCAUGUGGUACGAUGGCUUGAUUGGGCGGGUAUGGUGGCUUGCGGUUCUGUUAGGUUCAGGGAGGAACUUUGCAAGAGGUUGGGUUAAAUCAGGUUUGGUGAGGGAAAUUGCAGGCCAGUGA